UUAGAGUUUUUUAAAGAAAGUCUUUAUAAAGAAUCUCUAUGUCAUGCAGUAUAUUAGACCAGAUAUAUAGAUCGGAUAUUCUGGUUUAUGAUAUGUGUAGACGAUCGUCGUCAAUUAUCCAUGAUGUUCAAGCAUCGACGGCAGAUGAUAGUUUAGAUCAAGGAAGUCAAAGUAAUUUUAAUUGUGACUGGGUGAAUUUUAAAGGAGCAUGGAUUAUACAUAUUGUUGUUAUUUCGUAUCUUAAAAUACUAUAUAACGCAUUUCCGGCGGUAUCUCAAGAGCUCUCAUGGACACUUACAAAUUUGACGUACAUGCUUAGUUCAUAUAUUAUGUUUCAUUGGGUAAAAGGAGUUCCAUUUGAGUUUAAUUCAGGAGCGUAUGAUAAUUUAACGAUGUGGGAGCAAAUGGACAAUGGUGCGCAAUAUACACCAGCUAAGAAGUAUCUUACAGCGGUUCCUAUUAUUUUAUUUCUUUUAAGCACACAUUAUACACAUUAUGAUUUCUGGACGUUUUUUAUUAAUCUCUGGGCACUUUUAAUGGUAUUAGUACCAAAACUUCCCUCUACACAUCGAAAACGUAUUUUUGGGAUUAAUAAAUUUGAUUUAAACUAAGAAAUAUGAGGAGAAUUAGUAAUGGAUAUUAUGUUGAUACUUU